AUGAAUCACGCAGGAAUGGACAUGGGCGGCGGUGCAAAGAACUGCAAGAUGGAGAUGUUGUGGAACUGGAACGUCGUCGACUCCUGCUUCCUUGCCUCCUCAUGGCACAUCACCAACAAUGCCAUGUUCGCUGCAUCCUGCGUCGCCGCUGCUCUGCUCGUCGUAUGCCUCGAAUUUCUCCGUCGCGUUGGGCAUGAAUACGACGCCUAUCUCCUUCGCCAAUUUCAGCGCCAACUGCGCCAUCAACAACUCGCGCUUGCGGCAGCCACACCUGCGAACUGCUGCGACGGUCCAGCCGCAACUUUGGGCACGCAGUAUGCGACUUUCAGAGCGAGCGGAUUACAGCAACUGAUCAGGGCAAUUAUUCACGGUGUUACGCUUGCAUUGGCGUACAUUAUCAUGUUGUUGAUCAUGUACUACAACGGAUACAUUUUCAUCAGCAUCAUCCUCGGCGCGAUAUUGGGCAAGUUCUUGUGCGAUUGGAUGGUUGUCAGGUUGCCGUACGGGAACGAGGGCGAGAAGGACGUUCGCAGUGGAUCUGUUGGCGCAGCUGGACCUACCGGAUGCUGCGCGUAG